GUGGUGGAGGACGGAGGAGAGGAGGAGGAGGUGGACGGAGAAGAAGAAGACGAAGGAGGAGAAGGAGGAGGAGGACGGUGGACUCGCUAACGACGGCGAACGUCCUCGAGGGUGCAAGAUACCAGCACCAGCAACACCACCGACGACGAUGAUCGUGACAGGCGGCGAUCGACGUACAUGUUGGAGAAGGAGGCGCCGAUUCGCGGUUGCGGUACUGGCCUCGGCUCUACUGACUCUGGCGAUCGGUCCCGCGCCAACCGAGGGACACAGGCCAGCACCGAACAAUCCGAUCAUUCUGCAGACGAGCACCAGCACGACAACUACGCCCUUCUACGUGCACACGGUGAAUGGUACCGUCUUAACGAACGGUAACUACGAUGAGUUUGAUGCACACGGGGAGGACGGAUACAACAGUACCAUCCAUCAUCACCAUCAUAAGAAGGUCGGCGGUAACAUGACCGAGGAGAAGGCGCCUCUGUUUCCCGAAGAUCUUUUCACCGUCCAUCAACGGCGACGCGGUGCCGUGAUACUUCACGUAGUCGGUGUGGUGUACAUGUUUGUCGCGUUGGCGAUCGUUUGCGACGAGUUCUUCGUGCCGUCUUUGGACGUGAUUAUCGAGAAACUGGAGAUCGCCGACGACGUUGCAGGUGCUACCUUCAUGGCGGCCGGCGGUUCGGCCCCGGAACUCUUCACAUCGAUAAUCGGCGUGUUCGUGUCGUUCGACGACGUCGGUAUCGGCACCAUCGUCGGUUCGGCCGUCUUCAAUAUUCUCUUCGUGAUCGGCAUGUGCGCUAUAUUCUCGCGUACCGUGCUCUCCCUCACAUGGUGGCCUCUAUUUCGCGACUGCACCUUUUAUAGCGCCAGUCUGCUCACCCUGAUCUAUUUCUUCCGUGAUAAUUAUAUUUACUGGUACGAGGCCCUCGUACUCUUUGGAUUCUACUUGGCUUACGUGAGCUUCAUGAAGUGGAACCAACCGAUGGAAAAGCUGGUCAAGAGAGUGAUCUACAGGAACAAGGUGACCCGGGUGAGGUCUACCGAUCAGCUGAUGCCCUCGCACCAGAGCGCCGCCCAGGCAUUGCAGCAUCCGAACGCGACGAACAGUAGCGAGACGAGCGUGGGUGGCGUGUCGGGUGCAUGCGGAAGCAGCGGCAUACCGGCGGGUGGAGAGGCCGGGUGCAGCAGCAGAGGUGGCAGCAGCAGUGGUGCCGGUGGCACGGCCGGACAGGGCUGCGAGCAGGCAGCCCUCGGUGGCUCCUCGUCUCAUUCCAGGGAGAGCCACGCCAAGUUCAGGCACGGCUUGCUACAGCUUAUGAUCCACACGAUCGAUCCGCUCCACGACGGUCAGUCCCGCGCCGGCAAAGUGGACGAGAAAGCGACGCAAUUGCACGCGAUAGCUUCGCUAAAGGUGCUACUGGAUGCCACCAGGCCGCACAACGGCGCUGCUACGUCGACCGCCGCCCAUUAUUCCGGUGCCUCGUCGAGAGAGACCACUCUGCAGCUGCAGCAAGGCUCCCAGGGCACCACCACGACCACCACUACGACGACGACCACCGCCGGCACCACCGCCGGCAUCCAGGAACUUCCCAAUGGCGGUAUAGCCGCUGGCCUCGAUGCGGGGCUCGAUUCGGGAGAGGAGGAUGAACCUCCGGAAGCCUUGGACAUGGGCUGGCCCAGCAGUCCCAGAAAAAGACUAACGUACAUUUUGGUUGCGCCAAUUCUGUUCCCUUUGUGGCUGACGUUACCGGACACAAGGACACCCAGAGGGAAAAAGUUCUUCGCGGUGACGUUCAUCGGCUCGAUCUUCUGGAUCGCAGCGUACUCGUACCUGAUGGUCUGGUGGGCGAACGUCGCCGGCGACACGGUUCGCAUUCCGCCGGAAGUGAUGGGCCUGACGUUCCUCGCUGCCGGCACCAGCAUCCCAGACCUCAUCACCAGCGUGAUCGUUGCGCGAAAAGGAUUCGGUGACAUGGCCGUCUCCAGCUCCGUUGGCAGCAACAUCUUCGACGUGACCGUUGGGCUUCCGGUACCGUGGCUGCUGUACGGCUUGAUCUACGGAAAACCCGUGGAGGUGAACUCGGUGGGCAUGGUGUGCAGCAUAGCGAUCCUCUUCUGCAUGCUGUUGUUUGUCAUCAUGAGCAUCGCCUGUUUCAAGUGGCGAAUGAACAAGGGCCUCGGGUUUACGAUGUUCCUCCUCUACUUCGUCUUCGUUGCCGUCUCGCUGAUGUUCGAGUACGAGUUCCUGGUCUGUCCAGCCUAGGAACGCGAACCAACCGAGCGAUCCAGUGGUCCAGCAGAGACGGUAGAUGGACGCACAUUUACGGGUCUCGUCAUCGUCAUUAUCAUCGUCGUCGGCGAAUCGUCCACGGCCGAUGAGAACAAUCUUCCUCGAGCGCCGCAUCGAUCGAAAGAGGAACGACAGACAACAGCCUUCCCGAAAUAACAACCGAAACAGUGUUGAUGCAUCACAUCCCCUUCCCUCGUUCCCUAAAGAAUCUCGUUACUCUCCCAUCGCCGGUUUAACGAUUAAACGGUUAUUACACGUCACCCAGGUUACGAAGCGUUUUUGUUCUAGUCGAGAUACGUGUAAAUAUUGUAAAAACCUUGAAAUACCUGAAACAAAAUACUCGUCUCGUUAAGAAUUUUAGCGGCGAAUUCUGUUCGACGAACAGCCGUAGUCGUCGCUUUGUCUGAACACAGCGAGCGCGUCGGCCAAUCGUGCCAACGAUCGCGCCAACUAUAUCUACGUUUGCGUAAUCUAGAGAGAAACGGAUCGCUACGAUCUCAUUCCUUUUUGUCAUUUCUUCUUCCUCCGACGCUACUUCUUCUUCUUCUUCUUCUCCUACCGUUUCUUCUUUUAUCUCUUCUCCGUAAUUCUACUCCUUGUUACUUCUACUCCUAUUCUACGGCUUUUAUACCACAUUGUUUCUUCCCACGAUACUUAUCCUAGAUGUAGCGUCUCGAUUCAAACAACUCGCUCGUCGAAGCCACUCGUUAGACUCUCGCACGCUCGAAGCUCGACGAAACGCCGCUUACCAACGCGAUUUCUCUCGAGGAUCGUCGAACGCACGACCGAGUUUAGAGGUACCGGUUUACCCGCGGCAGAAAGCAUCCGAUACGUCGAUGUUUUCGCUUUGAUACGCGACUCGUCAAGUGGCGUUAGUCGAACUGCCAAAUUGUUCCACGAUGGAAACAAUGAAUUCGAUACCGUGUGAAGUAAAAUAUAUCGAUCGAACGAAUGCCCGAUUCGUGCCGCGAGUUCCCGAUCGCGAUCUAAAACCGGUUGACGCGAUUUCAUCCGCCGUGUAAGCGAUCGACGAUCUCUCGUUGCACAGUGAACGGCCUGACGGCUCGCUGAUUUCUCUCUAUAAAGUGCAACACUUUCUUUUCGUCUAUAACCGUAGCUACCGUAGCCAAAUCUACUCUGUCGUGUUCGUAAAAUCUGCACGGACGCGCUUCCGACGCUCGACGCUUCGUUUUCGAAUUCGUUACACGCGAUAGCGUUAGGCAACGUUUCCCUUUCGCGGUGUAUUUUUAGUCACGCGCGAAGAACAAGGCAACUAUCGGAACAACGUUGCGAAAAAUUCAUUCAGGGACAAAACAUGCGAGUGACAAACGUUCCGGCUAAUUGGCCAGCAGCGUGUCACUUCGAUUAAUCGUUCGAAACUCGCAAAGCCGUUCGAUCCGCGUUGUGUUUGCUCGAUACCAUUGUUUCGCCUAACGCUAUCCCCCGAGGCCGUUUUUUCCGCGUGCGGCUCCGCGAAAUUACAUUGUCUCGCGAACGAAAACAGUGGCCGUGGGAGGAAAGAGACGGCGCGCGAGGGUCGGAACCAUGACGAAACGCGGCGAACUCCGGCUCGCCUUCAAUCGAUCGGCCACACGUCGCGUUUUCAUUGACCGAAAACGAAUCCGCCGAUCGUCAGCGCUCUAACGUUGUACGCAGAGAACGGAAGCGCCGAUUCGGAUCGCGAAUCGCCGAAACGACGGUGGAUCGAUCGAUCGUUUCGACCAUAGAAAAUUUAUUAUCUCUCUUCUAAUUAUUCUACGCAUGUAAGAAUAUCUUUGGUAUUUUGAAAGAAUCGCCGACGUUGAAAUCGAAAAAAGACCACCCUCGUUUCAGCAACGAUUUUACCGGUAGAACACGCGCCUCCGGUUUCCGGCGUGCCUGUUUUUAACUUCGAUUAAUAGUUAUUCAAAUAAUCUACGUAAGAGACACGAGAAGAAAUCGAAUCUUCCUAAACGCGUAGCGAAACUGGCGAAACGCAGUCUCCGAGCGGAACGUCGUGCAGUCGACUCGAACGUCAUUCGAAUCGAACACCCGCGACGCUUGCUCUGCACCUCUCUCUUGAUGGUAUUCAGUUUGCGAUCGAGUCGCUGCACACCGUUCUUUCUCCGUAGAAGAGUAACGCUAAUGAAACUCCAAUACCGGAGAUCACGGGGCAAGUAGAAAAGUCAAACGCUCGAGGCAAAAACGAAAAAGAGACAUUUUGGUUACUUGAAGGAAGAAGGAGAGAAAAGAGCGUGGUUCCGUGAUCCUGGAUCGAAAGCGAUUCUCACUAAGCUAUCUUUCGCUAACACUCUUUCGAGUUUUCGAUGUCACGCUACGUACGUUUCGAGCGCGUAGAUUAUAAACAAAUAGGUAUAAACGUGAUAUCGACUAAGAUAAGGAUACUGAAAGCGGAAAAGGUGAAAUCGCAGCGCGACUGCGGUUCGACGAGAGGAUUAAAAGGAACGACGUAUAUAUCCGGAACCGCCUGAACGCCUAACAGCGGCCUAGCUUUUUACUAAAGAAGAAAAGAAAAAAAAACAGGGAAAAACACAAAAAAAAAAAAUACUCGCACGACGCAAGAUGCUGUUUGCGGAUGCAGAGAAUCAAAUCGUAACGAGCAGAGACCAGAAAUCACGGUGAACCGGAGAAGAAACGGAGUAGAAAAUGACAAGCGAACCUAACCGAUUCGGUAACGAAAUUAAACGAGAAUUCACUUCGCGCAUACUUCAAACGUUGUCACACUUUUGUAUACUCUCGACUAUCGAAACUAAGAGGAGGAACCAUCGCGGUUCACGGUUCAAGCAGCUUUACGCUCUAAGAAGCGAGCUCGUGUUUGCGGCGCGUUCACCGUACCCGCGAAUCGUAGUUGUUCUACUCUUUAGCCGCUGCUACAUCUCGUUAAUAUCUCGUUCUCGCUCUUCGCUACCGGACUCUUACGAAAAACGUCCGUAGCCGGGUGCUGUUUGACUCUCGCGUUUCACCGACUUUUACAUCUUCUAGCAUCGAACUAAUCUUACGCUUCUACUACUAUUACGAUAAUUCUACGUUGAUCCGUGGCGAUCGGCCGUGGUAACGCGUUCUCGAGGACCGACUUGGCGAUAGCUCGAAGAAAGAAGAGGAACGUUCUAUCGGAAAAGAUGCGAUCGCCGAUCGUCACGUGGUUAUUACGCUGCGUCGCGUCUAAUUGUCAGCCGUGUUCGCCUUAUCGUCUACCGAUACUACUUCAACGAGGAAGUUUCGUAGUCUGUCGAGAAACGAACGGACUAGGCGUUCGUCACGCACAUGCUCGCCAAACGCUGGGUGGCUUUCAUCGAUCCUCUCGCAUCCGCGGAUCGUUUUUUCGAAAGUGGGCUCUCGAUCGUGCCAGUUUCCAUCGAGAAAAUCGCAGGAUCAAACGGGAAAAGGCGAAGCGUUCUCGAAGCGUCCGAAUGAAAAGUACGGGAAGGACAAUGAGAAAGUGAAUGCAGCGGCUUCUCGCCAGACGAUUUGACAUAAUGAGCGAGCAACAAGCGCGUAAAUAUAACGACGAAAGCAGGAGAGGAACGUUUAGCGCGAAGUAGCUGGUAGAACGUAGCGUUUCUUAAUAGUUUCGUAAACGAUUACAAGAAGCAAGUAGCGAAAGAUGCACAAUACGAUCUUCCCGAAGUACCGAUCACCGAUUAACGAAACGAUUAAAGGAUACCAGAAAAUGUACAUACACACACAUGCGUACACACACACACACACACACACACACACACACACAUAUACGCGAAGACACGUACAGACAUAUGGAAAGAAGAGAAACAAACGGCGGCGCCUCUUUUUGCAAUUUAGCAUUUUUAGUACCACGCCGAGGAAGAGAGUGAAAGAGUGUGUAUGUAGAAAAGAGAGAGAGAGAGAGAGAGAAAAAGAGAGAGAGAGAGAGA